GUAAUAUUUGGCCGCGAUGUACGCAGGCCUAGGUUCAUGGUUUUGCUAGGUACCCCCGUCUCGCCGCGGUGUACGCAGCCACUUCGUUUUUAAAACUACACCGUUGGAAGGUAUUUGUUGACACCGGGCAACAACGGAACAAGUACUGUCUGCGAAUACCAAUACCACGGGGGAGAAAACAUUGAAUGUUUGCCGUAUGAAACAGUGGCACAGUUUAGACACCAAUAACUUAACGGCAAGUGUAAAUUAAUUUUGACAGUACUGCAUGAUAACGAUCUAAUUUAGUUAUUUUUUUAGAAUUAAAAUAAAAUACGGUAUACCCAAAAUAGUAUAAGUAUAAUUUAUUAUUCAAUUCCACUUAUUGAUUGACCUCUUAAUAAGUGUCUUAUUAAUUAUUAUUUGAGUUAUUGGCACUUAUUAAUUAAUUUACAAUACUAAUUCUUUUAUAAUUAUAAGUCACUAAUUUAAUAAGUAUUAGUAUUAUUAAAAUUGAUGUAAUCUUGCAGUUCAGGUGCGUAUAUAGUAUAUUUAUAUUAUUAUUAUUUCUGAUCGAAUUUCGUAUUAUCCCAUGUAAACUUACCUACUACAUGUCAUUAUUGUCAUAGUCAUGUAGGCCCUAUUCAUUAAAUUUAAUCCAGGCAAAGCUAGUUAACUAUAAUACUGAAUUAUACAGUGAUUAUUUUCAUUUUAUUUUCUUCUUCUUCUAUAUCUUAAGGGCCCACAAUCAAUUUUUUGAUCAUUUUGGCUCCUAUGCAUGUAGAUGGAUUUGCAAUGUUUCUGUUCCUGCCCCUGGUGUUGAUGAGGAAAUUUCACUGAUUUCCAGUGCCACUUUGUGAGGGAAUCAUGCACUAGAGGUUUGAAGGCUUGAGGCAAGUGGACCAGCCCAUUAUUUAUCUUGUACAUCAUGGAGAGCCUGGAUUGUCGUCGUCGUUUCUCCAAUGGUGACCAGCCUAGUGUUUCCAGCAUGCUGCAAACACUAGAGGUAUUCCUUUAGCGUGCUGCUCGUCGCUGGACCGCCUCCAACCUGUCAAUGCUCUUCUGGGUAAAUGGGUCCCAGACUGAAGAUGCAUAAUCUAAAAUUGGACGUACAAAGGCUUUAUAUGCUCUUUCUUUCAACCAGGAGUUGCCAAUCUUUAGAUUUCGCCUUAAGAACCCUAGGGUCUUGUUUGCUUGGUUACAUACAUUGAUAAUAUGCUCGUCCCAGCGGACCUCUUUUUGAAUGGUAACACCCAGGUACUUUAACGGAGGAAACUGGCUCAAGUAUAUGGCCGUGCAGUUCGUAUUGGUAGUGUAGAGGAGUACAACUUCUAGAGACUGAUAGUGUCUGGCACUUGGCAGGGUGAAAUUCCAUGUCCCAGCUCAUCUCCCACUCAGCUAACAGAUUGAGAUCCUGUUGUAGCUGGUCCUGGUCAGAUCUGUUGGCGAUCGUCCUAUACACUGCUGUGUCAUCUGCAAACAGUCUUGCCUGUGAUGUCAGUUUCUCCGGUAGGUCAUUAAUGUAUGCUAGGAACAAACAGGGGCCCAGGACUGAUCCCUGGGGGACCCCUGACUUCACAUCGACAAAGGAGGAGCUUGUACCGUCCACCACUACUGCUUGGCAUCGGUGGCUGAGGAAGCUAGAGAUCCAUGUUUUAGUGGUGCCUUGGAUCCCAUAUCUCUGGAGUUUGUGUAGAAGCAAACUAUGAUUCACACAGUCAAAUGCCUUUGCGAAGUCCAUUACCAGGACGUCAGUCUGCUUGUGGUUCUCCAGAUUUAUCAUCAGGUCUUCUACAGGUCUUCGAGGAGCUGGGUCUCACAUGAUCUAUUGAUUCGGAAGCCAUGUUGACAGUCAUUGAGUAUAUUUUGGCUUUCAAGAUGCUUCAUGACUGUGCUUACAAUUAUGUGCUCUAACAGUUUGCAGACCACGCUGGUGAGGGAUAACGGACGAUAGUUGGCAGGGUCGGAAUGCUCCCCUUUCUUGUAAAUUGUCUUUGAACAUCCCCACCUUCCAUAGCUCCAUUUGUUUUGUUUUUUCACCCUGUUGCCAGAUUUUUGAUCACAUAUAAGUUGCUAUGCUAAACAAAAUUUUCAAAUUGUAGGCAUGUUCACAAAAAGAAUGAAAUACAAAAAAAAGGGGUUGGGGGUGAACUUAAUUUGAUGUUCUGUUAUGUUAUAGGGGCCCAAAAUUCUUUUUUUUUUAUAUGGGGUUUAUAAAUAUAAUUCCGAAUAAAGGCUCCUACAUGGGCGUGGGUGAAUGGAACAAGAUCAAACUUAGUACACAUACACUUGAUUAUACAUAUUCAAAAACCGGUACUGAAGGGUAAUGAACUCAUAAUUUUAAUUUUUCCUAAAACUAGCCAAUAUACUCAGCGUCGCUCAUGAUGGCAUUUGGAAAUGAACAUCUUUAAAAGCCUUUUGGCUAACAUCUAAAUUAUGGGGCCUGUAAAAAAACUGUGAAAUGGAAAAUUGCAGUCUGGCAUGUAGGGUGAAAAAUGUAAAAAAAAACAACAAGAAAAUGGAGAGAUCGUUUACGCUACCGGCUACGUACCAAUGGGGUUGUAAAAAUCAAUAAAAAGACAAGUUAGUGCUGUUAAAUUUAGUGUUAGUGUUAACUAAUACUGUCUGGACUAAAUUUUAUAAAGAAUAAACGUAAGUUUACAUGCGAUAAUACGAAAUUUGAUCAGAAAUAAUGUACGCACCUGAACUGCAAGAUUACCAAAAUUGUAGUAUUUAAAGUAAAGUUAAUUAAUUAAGUGACUUAGACUAAACUAAGUCUAGACUCUAGUGUCCAUUGCCAUUGAUUAAUAAGGGAAAUCUUCCACUUCAGCAUUGGUUAUGAAAAAAUACUGUUGUUCCUGUUUCAAUUGCUAUUUAAACAAUUAUAGUUUUAUUGAUGUCCCUUAAUAGUAUAGUCCAAAGAGCUUGGCUGGGUUUUCAGUUACAUAGAAAGAGAGAGUGGGUGCUGUUUUCUCAUUGAAGUGCCAGACAGACGUGCGAUCAUGUUACAGGAGUGCAUAGAGAGUUAUAUCCUUAUUGUAUCAGACGGAUGGCCGGCUUAUGCAAACGUAAACCAGAUCAGACACAGAAUCUAUAAAUACUCAGUUGUGGUCCAUCAACAUAAUUUUGUUGAUCCAAAAAUGCUGGUGUUCACACACAAUGUUGAAAACAAGUGGAUGUGCGCAAACUGAAAAGACAUUUGGCACAAGCCGCGAUCUUUUCCCUUCCUAUUUGCAUGAGUUCAUAUUCCGCAACCGUUUUCAUGAUAUUUUUAGAAACUUCAUUACCUUGUGGAAGAAUUAUGCAUAAUCUCAAACUCUUGUAUUUUCAUACAUUAAAUUGUUAAAAUUUUUCUAUUUAAGAUUUCAAAAAUUGUUUUGUAUCAAUAAAAGAAUUUUAUCUUAUCAAUAAAGCAAUUGUAUGGUCAGAUACAUGAAGUAUUAUUGAGUAGCUUAACAAUUUUAUGAAAUUAUACAGCACAUUUAUUACUUUAUUUUUUUUAAAUUAUUUUUUUAAUGUAGAUCUAAUAAUAAGAAUACAUUUACAUUUGGUUUAUUAUACAUUUUUUAUUAUUUAAAUCUGGAAUAAAUCAAAACAAGUUAUCGGUUUCUAACCUGAAAACUGGUUCUCAUUAACCAUCUUUAUUUAAAACUGCCAAUCUCAUGAUGGAUGAUGAAAGGAAAUUAUAAUUGUCAUUUUUAAUUUUAAUACCAAAACAGUUCACUGCACCAACUUCAAGAUUGCAAUCAACAACAAUUGGCUGAUUAAAUUUAAUGAGUGAGCAGUGCAUGGAAUUAACCUUGCACAUUUUUUUUUUCCAAUGUUUUUUUUUUUUCAUAUCACCACAGUGUGCAUUAUUAUAUAUUAUUUAAAUCAUUUGUGAUUCAGUAUUGACAAGAUUUUAUUUUAAAUUGUAUAUUUUCAAAAGCAUUUUUUGAGCGUGUGAAUUUAAAAAAUGUGUAUUCUUAAAUUUUGAGGCCCCUUAGACUUUAGAGGCCCUAUGUGUAAGCCUACUUAUCAUCUAGGGAAAUACAGCCCUUGCUGCAAUUUUAUGUAUUUGAAUACAUUGGUCAAUAUUUAUUUUUUUAACCCAAACUAUAGCCAAAGCUGUACAUAUAUGAAGCAAUUUCAUAACCAUACAAAUUAGCAACAUCACUUAAGUUUGUUUAUUUAUUUAUCUUUUGUGUGGCACUUUAGUUUCAUCACGUUAUUAUCAAAAAGUACUUAAAAUGACCACUGACAGGAUUUUAUAAACCAUUUUAAUCCCCCAUUUUUAAUAACUGUGUUUCAAAUCAGAGCGGAGCAUAAAAAAUGGAAAAGCAAAUUAGCCAGAAGACAUUUGAUGAUGUAGUUCUAGAAAAUAUGUCUGAAUUUGACAUGGAACCUGAGGAGGCACUUCAAGAUGCUAUAAAACAGUUUGAAUCUCAAGUAAGUUUCAUAAUGCAUAUUUAUUUGUUAUUUUGAUGUAAUACUUGCUUGCAAAGCCAUGCAAAUGAUUGUUUCCUUAUAAUUUAUAUGUGUUAGAACUUAAAAAUUAGGACAUAGCAAAUAAAAACAAUAGUUUCUUAAGUAACCUGAUGACAGUGUCAGAUGCCGAGUAUAAUAAAUAUGUUUCUUUUGGGAGUAGAAAUGCAUUAAUCAAUCUUUAAUAUAUAAUUUGUGUCUAUUUGUUAUAAUUUAAUUUUUUUAGGGUGUCAACUUAAAUAUUAUUGUGAAAGACUCAUCAUUAUACGCCAGUGGGGAUGGAGAAACUAAAGACCAUCCGGUUGUCUCUUCGUUGAAAGAAAUAUCUGCCCUACUGAACAAUAAUCCAGACCAGCGUGAAGGCAUUUUAGAUAAUUUAGCCAUAUUUCAAAAAGAAUGUGAUGGUGAUCUAGCUCGAAGAUGUCUUGCAGGCUCCAAUGGAGCUUAUGCAGUGUUACUGAAGGCAUUACACUCAUAUAAGGAUGAUUCAGAGAAUCUUAUUCAUGUCUUAGCAUCCUUUUGCUCUCUUGUAAAUGGGCAGCCAGAUUUGAUAGAUCAGGAUGGUAUAGAGCUACUGAUAAACUUUUUAAAACAAUUUAAGACCAGUCCUAACCUUCUGGAGGCAGUUGUUAGAGCUGUGAGACUGAACUGUGUCAAACAUGAAGGCAAUAGAAAAGCAUUCAUAGAAUUAGAUCUCAUCAUUCUACUCUCUGAACUUUUAACACUUCAUAAAACAGAAGCUAUGCUUAUCAAAGAGGUGGCCAUCUGUCUUAGAUCCCUGACCAUGGAUGAUGAUGUACGGGUACCUUUUGGUAGUGCUCAUGAAAAUGCAAAGACUAUUGUUACUGAUGGUGCAGCAUUUAAAGCCAUUUUACAGUUAUGUGAAGGUAUAUUGAAAUGAGUGUUAAUUUGAAUAUAUAAGGCCAUGUAUAAUUAAAAUUGAGUUAAAUAUAAUAGGUUUUUAACCUGUAUUAUAGAAAAUUAAAUGAAUAUAUAUUUAUAAAUAUAGUCUAUUUUAUAGAUGUGUCAUAAAUGACUGUCUAACACAUUACUUUAAAUAAGAAUCAUUUUUAAGAUCUUCUGUACAUGUGUUUUUCAAUAAAUUUGCUCUUUUACAAACAAUAAACUUUGUAAACCUUUUGCUCAAGAACUUAUGACUACUAGAAAACUUUUGUUCAUUAAAAAAAAAAAAAUGAUUUUAAAAUUACUCAAAGCCUGAAGUAUGUAUUGAAAUAUAAUUUAAAAAACUAUUUCUAGAGCACAUAAACAACCCACCUGUGCUGGCUGAGCUCUUUUUAACAUUAGGAUGUCUUGCUGUACGAGAUGAGUUUUGUCAGGAGGUUAUGGACAGGGGUGGAGUCCACUUUAUUAUAAAUGCUUUCAAGAGUGCCCUCAAAGAUAAGGUAACAUAAUGAGUAAAAAAAUAAUAGAGUCGUAACUUUAGAAGCUAUUUAACUUACUUUCAAAUGUUUUAUGACUUAGACUAUGGCAUGUGCUUUCAUUAAAUUAUUUGACAUUUCCUUCUUAAUCACUAUAGUUUUGUUUUUGAAAUUACCAUAAAACUUGUAUGACAACAGAGCAACCUAAUUAAUUUCCAAAAGUUAUUAGAAUAUUUCAGAUGUUUUACUGAAACUGAAAGAAUUUAGAUGGGAACAAGUUAUUACAGAAAGGAAAGGGGACUUAAUUUCCAAUUUGCAUUUUCAAGAAUUUUUAAAAAAAUAAAAUUUUAUUACAUGGGUUCUUUAAUUCAUAGUACAUGUUACAAAAAUAUUAUGAAGCGCUGAAAUCAUGAAUCUUUGUUAACACGCAAAACAAAAUAAUUUUUUUAAAUAUUGUUUUCUGAGAUUGUAAAUAAUGUCAAUGUGUCCCCUAACUUUUUUUUUUUCAGGCUAUAGUACGUCAGGCAUUAAUUGUACUUAAAGCUUUGGCAGGCAAUGAUGAGGUCAAAUAUGAAAUAGCCAAAUUAGGAGGUGUGGAGCUGGUCGUCAUGGCCAUGAUAACACAUCAAUCAAAUCCUUCCAUAGCAGAGGCUGCUUGCAAAGUAUUGACAGCCAUCACAUUACGUAACACAGAAAACUGUCAUAAAGUUGUGGAAUUUCAAGGUCAUCAGCAUAUUGUCCAGGCGAUGAAACUGCAUCCCAAUGAUGUUGGUGUACAGGUAGUUAAGUUGUUUAAAUUCUAGAGCUGUUCAUUUUUAAAUUGUUUUAUAAAGGGGCCAUUCAUAAAGAACGUAACCCCCCCACACCAUUGCUGCACAAAUACAUUUUUUGUGUAUGUACAAAUAAGUUUUCGACACACACACCUUCACCACCUAAAAAAAAAAAAAAUCAAUUUAUUUAUAGACAAUUAUUAUGUCACAGUAUAAAAAAAUGUGUCCCAGGUUUUCUCUGCUUACUGGCGUAGCAGGCCCAGUGGUUCUCAAAAUGCGUGCCAAAUUGCCCUGGGAAUUUGUGGCAUUCUCUUCCUCACAGUGACCAAUUACAUGUUUUAUUUUACCCAACCCUUGAGUUUAAAAAAAAAUGUAUUUCAAAGUAUAUUUGUUAGACUUUAACUUAGGGCGCCAUAAUUUUGCAAGGGGAUAUCCAAACUAACUUUGUCACAUGGAUGCAAAACAUUUAAAAGGACCAAAAAUAAUGUCACACUAUUUUAUAUCAAGAUUUUUAACCCCUCCCUUUCAAUUCACCUCUCAAAAAAUAUGUUACACAAAAUAGAUACUACACUUUACUUUAAUCCCACUUCGUCACAAAUUCCUGACGCCUCCUUCCCUAAACAAGUGAUGUUACCAUGGAUAUGUCUAUAUGGAUGACUCCUAAUAUAUGGAUACAUAUAUAUAUAAAUAUAAUAUAUGUAUAUGAGAAUUUCAUUUUUAAUUAAUCUUAUCUACAUGUGUAUCAGUAUUUUAUAAAUGUAGUCAUUUAUGGGAUUGGUAUAAAUAUUUUAUCUUAAACAUCUACAAGUACUUAAAAGUAUUAAAAUAACAAAUACAGGCGGUUCCUAAUUUACAAUCAUUCAUAGAGGUUGUUUUCUCUGACUUUGUUCUAGUGUAAAAACCUUAGAACAUUUUAAUAAAUUGUUCCAUACCAUGUACAAAAUGAAACAGUGGAACCCAGCUAUAACACGCCCCGCAAUAACGCGAAUUCGGAUACAACCCGGUCGUAGCAUGGCUCCCGAAAUUUGAAAUUCAUUUACUCCAUCAGGCCUGAGUUCUUUGAAAAUUGUAUCCAUUGCUUGGAAAGCCAUUUUUUAAAGCGAAAAAAAUCACAACUUUUCAAAAUAUGGUCGAAAAUGUUCUCGGAAAAAAUUUAAAUAUUGUAAAACCACGCAUUAACGCAACCCCACUUUUAACGCGAUCCGAUUUUAUGGACCCCGAUCAUCGCGUUAUAUCGCGUUCCACUGUACUUGUAUUAAUCAAAGCUGUAAGUGGUAAUGAAAUUAUCUUGCAUUAUUUCAUGCAGAAAAAUGCGUGCAUGGCAUUGAGGAAUUUGGUCUCAAGAACCAAAGAUUUAAAAGACAAUAUUUUGACUCUUGGAGCAGAAAUAUUGCUGAAUGAAGCAAUGAAUCGUCAUGAGGAAGCACAUGACGAGGCUAAGGCUGCUCUUCGGGAUUUAGGCUGCAAAGUUGAAUUAAAGGAGCUCUGGAAAGGAGAGCGUGGAACACUACAGUAAUUCUUAUACUUGUACACAAUAAUUUAGCCUCUAAUGAAUUGUGGAUUUACAGAUCAAAAUAAAAUUUUAAAAUUCAUUUAAAUAAGUCAUGAUUAUUUAAAUAAGUUGAGAUUAUUUUAACAAAGAUAUCUUCUUUUUUUUUUCUUUUGCUUUUAAAUGUUCAUAUUAGUUAAAAAGGUACUUAAUAAGCCAAUUGAGAUGGAAAAGUCUAAAAUUUUUAUAUAAAAUUUUCCAACGUAUGACUUUCGUAUGGCACCAAGUGUCUAAGGAUAUAUAUGCAAAUUUUUAGAAGAAUUUAGAAUUUGAAAACUUUUUUUCAUCAGCUUGUAAUUAAAAUAAAAUAAAU